AUGCUCCAAGCCAGGACGUUUGUGGCCCAUCCCCCAUUGCGCAUUGCCGCCCUCAAAUCUAACUAUGCGGUCAAGGAAAAUGACUUCAAGAAGUGCGAUCAGUCGGGCUUUUGCAAGCGCAACCGUGCCUAUGCAGACAACGUCGUUGUCGCAGGCUCCUCGGCAGUCUCGCCGUACCAUAUAUUGCCGGAGACUGCAGCAGUCAAAGACGGCCAAUUCCAGGCUGUCAUUCUGAAGACCAUUAACGACCAAGGCGAGACUGUGCGGCUCCCCCUUACGGUCUCAUUCACCCAGUCCGGUGUGGCUCGUGUCACAGUCGACGAGGAGAAGAGAAAAAACAAAGAAAUUGAGCUCCGACAUGGCAGCGGUGCGCGCAAGGAGCGGUACAACGAAGCCGAGAAAUGGGCCAUUGUUGGCGGCCUGAAUCUCGACAAGGAGGCCAAGAUUGUUGACGGGGGUAGCGAAGGGGACACGGGCGUCACGAUCCAGUACGGGCCGUCGGGGCAGUUUGAAGCUCAGAUCAAGUACUCACCCUUCAGCGUGGACUUCAGGCGGGACGGCUCGACUCAAAUCAAGUUCAACAAGGGCGGUCUCAUGAACGUGGAACACUGGCGACCAAAAGUCGACAAGGAAGAAAGCGCCGCCACGUCCGAGGAUGAAGGGAUGUGGUGGGAGGAGACAUUUGGCGGCAACACUGACACAAAGCCGCGAGGCCCUGAGAGUGUUGCUCUGGAUAUUUCCUUCGAAGGCUACGGCCAUGUUUUUGGUAUCCCGUCUCACACUGGACCGCUCUCGCUGAAGGAGACCCGCGGUGGUGAAGGCAACUACGCCGAGCCGUAUCGUCUGUACAACGCUGAUGUUUUUGAGUACAUCCUCGAUAGCCCGAUGACGUUGUAUGGCGCCAUCCCUUUCAUGCAGGCCCAUCGCCCGGAUUCCACGGUCGGCGUCUUCUGGCUCAGCGCUGCAGAGACGUGGGUCGAUAUUGCCAAGCAGAAGGAGUCUAUCAACCCCAACGCUCUGGGUGUUAGCGCUCGGACUACCACACAGACCCAUUGGAUGUCUGAGAGCGGCUUGCUCGAUGUCUUUGUGUUCCUGGGUCCCUCCUCGCAGGACGUUCUGCAGAAGUAUGGCGAGCUUACGGGCUACACUGCCAUGCCGCAGGAAUCGGCGCUGGGAUACCACCAGUGCCGCUGGAACUACAACUCGGACGACGACGUCAAGGACGUCGACCGCAAAAUGGACAAAUUCAACAUCCCCUAUGACGUCAUUUGGCUCGACAUUGAGUACACGGAUGGCAAAAAGUACUUCACCUGGGACCAGGACAAGUUCAAGGAUCCUAUUGGGAUGGAGGAGAAGCUUGACGAACACGGCCGCAAGCUGGUGGUCAUCAUCGAUCCGCAUAUCAAGAACGAGGAUGGCUACGAGGUGGUGUCGGAGCUUCAGUCCAAGGAGCUGGGCGUCAAGAACAAGGAAGGAGGCCUGUUUGAGGGCUGGUGCUGGCCAGGCUCUUCGCACUGGCUUGACGCGUUCAACCCCAAGGCGAUUGAGUGGUGGAAGACGCUGUUCAAGUACGACAAGUUUAAGGGAACGUCUGAGAAUACGUUUAUCUGGAACGACAUGAACGAACCGUCAGUCUUUAACGGACCGGAGACGACGAUGCCCAAGGACAACAUCCACCAUGGCGGCUGGGAACAUCGUGAUGUGCACAACAUGAACGGAAUGACCUUCCACAAUGCGACCUACCAGGCCCUUCUCUCGCGCAAAAAGGGUGAGCUGCGCCGUCCUUUCAUCCUGACGCGUUCCUUCUAUGCCGGCUCGCAACGGCUGGGCGCCAUGUGGACAGGCGACAACCAGGCUGCCUGGGACCAUCUGGCUGCUGCCACGCCCAUGAUUCUCAGCCAGGGCGUCGCCGGGUUCCCUUUUGCCGGUGCGGAUGUGGGCGGAUUUUUCGGCAACCCGGACAAGGAUCUGCAAACCCGCUGGUUCCAGGCCGGCGUAUUUUACCCCUUUUUCCGCGGCCAUGCGCACAUUGAUUCACGCCGACGUGAGCCUUACCUGGCUGGAGAGCCGUAUACUGCCAUCAUCACGGCGGCGCUGCGUCUGCGUUAUAGCCUGCUGCCGGCCUUUUACACAGCCUUCCACGAGGCGCAUGUUUCUGGUACACCCAUCAUCCAGCCGCUCUUCUACACCCAUCCCAAUGUAGAGAGCGGAUUUGGCAUUGACAACCAGUUCUUCGUCGGCUCUACGGGCCUGCUGGCGAAGCCAGUCGUGGAGGAGGGCAAAGAAACGGCCGAUAUCUACAUUCCCGACGGUGAGGUGUACUACGACUACUUUGACUACACGGUCGUGCCCACGCUGGCAGAGCACAUCACGUCGAUGGAGGCACCCCUGGACCGGAUCCCGCUGCUCCUCCGUGGCGGCCACAUCUUCCCGCGUCGUGACCAGCCGCGCAGGUCCAGCGCGCUGAUGAAGUACGAUGACUACACCAUUGUGGUCAGCGUGCCCAAAGACGGUGGCCAUGCUGAGGGUUCGCUGUACGUCGACGAUGGCGACUCGUUUGACUACGAAAAGGGCCAGUACAUCCACCAAAAGUUUGUGCUGGACGGCGCCGAGCUGUCGUCGACAGAGGCAGAGGGCCGUGUUAUCAGCAAGAUCAAGCCCGGCGCAUGGCUGAAGGCGAUGAAAGAUGUGCACGUCGACAAGGUCAUUGUGGUUGGCGCCCCGGCGUCGUGGGCAGCAGCAAAGGAGGUGACGGUGGAGUCGCAGGGCAAGACGUGGACUUCGCCAGUGGACUACACGGCGGCGGAGAAUGGUCGCGCGGCAUUUGCGGUGGUGCGGCAUGUUGCUGCUCGCAUCGGUGCUGACUGGAAGAUUUCCUUUGUGUAG